AUGGCUAAGGGGGCCCGGCCCAGCGGAAAAUCCCAAGGCGCAGAAAUUACAAUCCAGAUCAAAGAGCCUGCAGGGAGAACACUGGGGACACCGUCCAGGAAGGGCACGCGCUCAGUGCUCAGGGUGUCCCAGCUACUGCUCAGGGCCAUCGCUGACCAACCGCGGCUGACUCUGGCAGAGCUCAAGAAGGAGCUGGGAAAUGCUGGCUAUGAAGUGCACCAGAAGAUCAAAGGAGACAACCAGGACUCUACCAGGUCUGAGAGGGGUACGCUUCUGCGGGUCAGUGGCAGCGAUACCACAGGCUGCUUCAGGGUCUGGAAGGUUCCUAAAUCCAGGAAAAAGGUGGGACGGUCCUGGCUGGUGCUGGGCCGCCGCUCUUCAAGGAAGACCCUGCUCCAAACCCCAUCCCGAUCAACAUCACCAAGACUACGCAGACCCUGCUCGCGUCGCAAGGCAGCCAAGAAGGCCAGAGAAUUCUGGAGUCACAAGUCUAGGAUUUUGAAGGCAAAGUCCAGGAUAACCAGAUCAAUGGUUAGGACAAGCAUCAGGUCAAGGGCCAGGUCAAGGGCGAGUUCAAGAGGAAGGUCAAGAGUGAGGUCUAGAGCCAAGGCCCAGGUGUGUGCCAGGGCCCAGGAACAGGCUUGUUCCAGGGGCAAGGAACAGGCUCGUGCCAGGGGCAAGGAACAGGCUCGUGCCAGAACCAGGGCACAGAAGUGUGUCCAGGGCCGGAAGCAGGAGUGCACCAACACCAGAGAAGAGGCACAGAUGGGAACCAGGAUGCAAACCAGGGCCAGGAGCCGGCCAAACUCGAAAUCCAGGGACGAGAAGAGGCAGGAACCUGAGAGGGUGGUAAAACGAACCAUCCAGAAACCAGCUGUGGCUAUAGUUAACAGUGUUUCCAGCCUACAAGGAAAAGCACGCACCAAGGCUUCUGCGAAAAGCGACAGUCCUGGGUGCUCGAGGAAUCCUUAA